AAAUUUGCUGCUUUUCAGUUAAAAAAAAAAUAAUAACGUGAGGAAUUAAUAUUUUCCUCAUCGCAGUGACGAUAGGUGCAAAACAGACAUAGACACACUGACGUACGAGGGUGUAUAUAUUAAUAUAUACCCAGUUAAAAUUUAAGUGUAGUACUCCAAUAAUUUUUACAUAUAUGUUACAUAUAUGCACACUCGUUCAUACUAAAGUUUUUUUUGUUUUUAUUUUAGCAUAGGUCUACGUAUAUAACCUAGUGUUUAUAUACAAAAAUGUACGAGUGAAUAUUAUUGUUUAUAUAAACAAUAUACAUAUUCUACGUGCAUACGUAAACGACAUAUUCUACGUACAUACAAGAUUAUAUAUAUACAAAGGUGUGGAGAAAAGUGUUUUCGAGGUAGACAGAUAAAGUUUUAUAUACAUAAGUAUACGAGCAAUAGACUCUGUAUAUGUAACGAUAUAUGACUUGUAUUCUUUAUAUGUCUACGUUAAGAUGAACUUCCAUUAAUGUAUAAGAAAAAUUACACAUAAAGUUUUGAAUACACCUAUGUGUGUGUGACUAAUAUUUUCUUUCUUAUAUACGUGUGAUCAGUUUUUCUCUGAUACAUAGUAUAGUGUUUAUGUAAGUACAUAGAUCUAGCUCACUACUUAAAAAUCACCAGUAUGUUGUGAUAUGUAAGUCUAGAUUAACCCUCUAAAAUUACUUAAUCGACAUUAUAGACACACACACACACACACACACACACACACACAUAUAUAUAUAUAUAUAUAUAUUCUAUGUAAGUUUAUAUAAUAUAUAUUAGGUGAACAGUUUGUAUACAUUAGUAUUAUUACCUAAUAGCAGUCGGCAUGACUAGGCAAGAAUCUAGUAAUUUAUUCUAGGAGUAGGGCAAGAGGGACCUUACAGCUGAUAGUGAGAGAGGUUUGACAGCAGGGGAGUGGAGCUUGACACUUCAGUCUCACUCCAGCAGUAUAACAACAACAACAACAACAUGAGUGUGCUGAGAGUUGACAAAUAACCAAGCCACAAAAAAACUAUUAUUAUUUUUUACACUGUGAACAUUAGUUAAUGUGUUUGCGUGUGUUUGUAUGUCUGUUUCUGUAAUGUAUUCUCUUGUCUGUCUAUAUAUGCAUGCGUGAAUGUUAUAAAGUUUUACUGAACGACAUUAUCUGCUCUUGCCAAUGAAAUUAUCUUAGUUUAAGAGUUUUUUGCUCGUUUCUGUUCUUGCGAUUAGUGAGAACGUUCACCCAUUGAGAUUAUAUAUAUAUAUAUAUAUAUAUAUAUAUAUAUAUAUAUAUAGUCGGACAACUGGCCCAGACCAAGUUAGUAUUCACUUCACUUCACUUAGACACACUCACAAAUACAUACACACUCAUUCACUUAGGCACACUCACUCACUUAUUCAUGCUCACUCACAUUACAUUCGCUCUCACUCACAUACUUACUCAUACAGCUACAGUACACCAUAGACUCACGGUUGGUGAUAGUUUCCCGAAUUACUUCUCUCUACCCGAUGUUUCAUAAGACGAACACAGAUCGCCUGGAUUAUAUCGAGGACAAAGAGCCAUUCGAACCAACAACCUCUGUGAAUGCGGCAAAGAAAUAACAAACCAUGGACGUGUUUUAUAGACAGGCAUAUGGGUGUCCCUCACUCACCCCAUUAUAUACGGACACACAAACAGCUGAGUGUAUUAUCUACAUUUGUACAGACAACUAAGUGUCUCGACAAACAUACACAUAUACAUAAAAACAGCUGAGUGUUUAUACAUACAUGCAAUCAGCUGAGUGUAUAUUCCAAUAGACAGAUGAUUGUAUAUCAGUAUAAAGAAACCGAAGCCAGGAAGAAGGGUGAAUUAAGAGACACAGUGUGGUGAUAAAAAGAGAGAGAAGUGAGUUUAUUUAUUUCAGGCAAGAAGACAGAAGGUCAACUAUAUACUUCAGCUGCGGGUUCGAUGUCUGUCUCUGUGUGAAGUGGACGGCCACUACGACAACGUCACUCACCCUCUCGCAAUACUUUAUCUUCUGCCAUCAUCGGACGUGGCAAUGAAGCCUGAACCAGAUUUGCUUUUAAUCUGGUUGGAAUACAAGCAAACAAAACGAAAACCAACAAGUGACACGUAAGCUGGAAAUUUUAUGAACGAUUUCUUUUUUUUUUUUUGUUCUUUUUGAAUUCGUCACAACUAUGCCCCCUACCCAACUCUGCUGGAUCUAUAUAACCAUGGGCACCACAGAUCUCCAGCAGAAUAUGGAGGAUGAAGACUGGGAUCCUCGAGAGCUGUUUGUUACAAUAGGGAUGCUAAUUGUUGAGGCUCGUCUACCUGAGCUGUCGGCAAAAGGAAGAACUGAGGGCCCACACUGUCCUCAGUUCCCGAAGGUCAAUAAGCAUGUCUGUGAUUACCAGGACAUCAGGUGUUGUGAAGCAAAGAAAUUCAAGAUGUAUAUGGAAACACUCUGGAAGAACAGUAUUCCUAUGUGUAUAGAGCUACUUCUGUUUCCAAAAUGCAGACAUAACCAGCAACAGACCGAUAUCAUGUUUGUUGACAGUAAUGCUGAACAUGGCGGUGAACAAUUCCUUUUAGAACGGUGGGAUGUUAAUAUGACACCAAAAAGGUGGACAGAUAAAUCGGAGAAAUUUGUUACAGGGAUGUUCCUUGUUCAAGCCAUGAGGUCUUACUUAUUCUUUUCUCAGCUAAGUUCUUGGUUGAAUUCAACAGGUGGAUUACUGCCACUAACAAUAGCUUAUCGGUUGUACGCUCCAGGAGAAUCUAGACCGUAUUUGUUCGAAGGAGAUUCUACAGUUCAUCAUUUCCCAGUAGCAAACUUGUCACACAGCACAGUGAGAGUGAGUGUGACGGCUUCUCAAAGAAUGAAGAACAUACCAAUUCUUCUGUGUCAAAAUCCGAUGAGUAGUGUAUUAACUAGUUCCACAAUCAUUACAGACCAGCUUCACAAAAGCAAACCAUCUAAAUUUCCACCUGACAAUUCAGAACCGUCUCGAAGAAAAAAGACUUUGACAACUGCUGCAAAUUGUGAUAACAGUAAUAAUAGCGACGUAAAAAAAUUUAACCCAAAGAAAGUAUCAUCAACAACAACAAACUCAACAACAAACUCAACAACAACAACAAUUUCGAACAGACUCAAUAAUUUAACACAAUCUAAAUCAAAAACUAGUUCUAUUAACAAGAAGGAACAACCACAGACUAUAAGUGCGCCAUCUAGUUCAGUUUCGCCAGCAGUGUCCUACAGUAAGGUUCCUUCACAGCAGAAGAAUUUGUCUUUUUCUUCGACACGCUCUGUAAUGAGUGUUGAAGAGGAUUCCUUAAAACUAGCGUCAAAGUUUGCUAAACUAGAGGUGAAGUCCAGCAAUAAUUGUACAUUUUCAACAGCAUCGCGGAAUAUGUUCUUGGAAAAACCUCUUGUCUUUCACACAAAGGAUGAUCUCAAUAACGACCAGUCAGAAAACAAAACACCGGUACUUCACAGCCCUAAGGUUUUAUUGACAAACUGUAAGUCUGGUGAACAGUCGUAUUACUCAAAACAGAAAAGAAACAGCAAUUCUGGCUCAGAUUUCAAGUGGAAUACAAACACCGAGUGGUAUCCAGAAUUAUUGUGUCAGCCUGGCAUGCAGGAAUUGACCAAACCUUUAACAUCAGACCAAAUAGAAGCGUAUCUUGCGAGUCUACCAACCUGGGGUACGUCGUUACCCAAGGUUAGACGAACAUGCCUUGAAAACAUUCCAGUUACAAAAUGCAAAUUUCAAAUCGGUGAUGAGUUAUUUGAUAAAGACACUGAGAAAAGUAUUUCUUCCACAGUUAAUCCAUUAUCUAAGACAGCGUUAUCUUCAUAUGUAGGUCUCUCAUCAGAAAAUAAGUCAGAAACUACAUCUAGUGUAACUUCAGCUAAAAAGAGAGGACUUGCCACCAAAGACAAAUACGACACAAACAACAUUUCCCGAAACCUACACGAAGAUUUUAACCACAAUAAAACAGGUUUGAAAAGGUCAGCAGCUGUCUGUCUGGAUCUUUCUCAAGACAUUAAUGAAAACAGAACAGAGGCUACUUAUUCAGCCAAUAACAAUUCUUUGAAAGAUUCUACCAGUUCAGAGGUUGAUAAGACAAGGUCACAAGGUGUCAGUGAUCAUUCUAAUAGAGUGGACUGUUGUGAAACAGCAAUCAAAAAAGACGAUGCAACAACAACAGCUGAAGAGAAAAGUGAUGUAUUUCUCGAAGCUGACAAUUGUAGCAUUGUCAAUGGUAGUAAAGACUGUGACAAUAGCAAAGAACACGAAAGUAAAGAACAUUUCAAAGACAUAACCAAAGAUCCAGUGAGUCCCAAUCAAGGAAAGCGAUCUCUUUAUGCAACUAUACUCAGGAAAGACUUCAAUUCUGAAUUUGAAAAGAAGUGUAUAAAAAAAAAUGUCCCUUCCAUUGAAGAUAUCACCAAUUUCCACAAAAACCUCAAUAAAAGUACCAGUAUGGUGUUCAACGCCUCCACUGGAUUGCCAACUCAGUCUAGUCCUGCUCCUGUGAAGAAAAAAUCCGGCCGGUUUGAUUACGACAGUUCAUUAACAUCUACAAAGGCUAUCAAAAAUGCCUUGUCUUGCUCCAAAUUAGUGGUAAAGUCUAGCUCCUGUGAUGAAAUUGAUAAUAAAGAAAACAACCAAAAGACAUUCAGCACCAGUGCACCAGCAUCAACUAACUGUCUCCUAGGCAACUUUGAAGAAUCCAUUUUAAAUGGUCGUAUUGAACCAAGUGGCGUGGUAGAAGGAUUCGUUGCAGAGAUUGGUGCCAGUGGAACAUUCUGUCCAAAACACAUCUGUUUACCUGUAACCUCAUAUUUCUUCAGUCUUUCUGAUGACAACGCACCUUCCCCUUAUUUGGGACACAUAAAUUUAGAAUCUUAUUCCAAAAAGGGAUAUCAUGUACCAAAAGUUGGAACCGUCCAAGUUACACUGUUUAACCCAAACAAGACGGUGGUGAAAAUGUUUGUGGUGAUGUACGACUUGCAAGAUAUGCCCUCGAACUCUCAGACGUUCAUGCGUCAAAGAACUAUGUAUAUGCCUGCCGAUCCAAGUAGUGAUGAACACUCUUAUCUCCGAUAUUUGAUUCAUUUACGGAUCUCAAGUAGCAAAUCUGGGAAACUCUAUCUACAUACCGACGUGCGCUUAAUUUUUGCCCGUGACCGAUUUGAAUAUGAUGCACGUGUCGCGAAUUAUGAACUUCGAUCUUUUACAGAAGGACCAAGGAACCCCAAAUUUUCAUCGAAGAGAUGAUAAUAACUAUAUAUAGAUGCCAAUUAUUUAUAAAAAAUUAUUUGUU